AAAGUAUUCGAGGCGUAAUUUUCCCAUCAAUGAGUCGGAGGUAAGCUCUGCUAAUACCGUUGUCAGGGCACACAAUUCAGACUUCAUGAAAUUACAAAAGAUCAAUUCACUUGAAAUACCGUCAUAUUCAAAUACUGACAUCCCGAGUUCAUGGGAGUCAGAUUCAAUUAAGUCAGAACAAAACGUUUGUGAGGAGCAGCCUUUAAAGACUGAUCCUGACGAGCAAUUCAAACUAUCCAUGCAGUUCAAGGAGUCGCCUGCGGUUCUGGGGCACUCAUUUCAGCGUACUUCAGCUGCGUUUCUUUCAAUAGAGCGUUGCUUAGAAAGCAAUCCAGAUAGGGGAUCCAUCGUUGAUUUGCCAGAAAUGGCAGAGCAAUCUCAUGUUGUCAAUCAACAACCAGAAAACACAUUCACACGGUCUCCUCCGUUUCACGGUGAUGGCAAACUCAUUUGUGUGGGGGGAAGACUGAGCAACUUCAGCUACAAUUAUGAGCCCAGUCAUCCAGUGUUGCUCAGUUUAAUAUUCAAGUUUUAUAACAGCGCGUUCUUGCGUGGUGAUCUGGUCAAGAUAUCCAGCCAAAACAGUACUAUUUCAGCGUCUGUGUGUCUUGCAACGGAAGCAGCGCACCUCUUACUUUAUUCAGAUUUUAAUAAAAAUGCUUAUAUUGCAGCCUUGCGCCGAUUCAUUGCGCAUUCAUUCAUUCAGACAAUAUUGUCUGAUAAUGCAUCAACGUCAUCGCAGGAGAAAUCUUGGACGGCGUUCUGGUUGUCGUGACGGAUAAAACUGCCUUCUCUCGGUCGAGUCAUCCGAGGCAUCCAUGGCAGCGACGGGUCCGCACGCGGAGCACAGCAUAUACAGACGAAGAUAGGAGGCCACCCGACGGGGUAGUCAACAACAUCUCUCCUCUCGCUUGAAGACCAACAAUUGAAGUUCUCAGACUUCAAGGC